CUACUGUUUACGCAACGCAACCGAACCGACCUAUCUGGGCCAAGUCCAAGCAAACCAGGAAAUAGCUAAAACCCUAAUCCUCAAAUCGAUCGACAAAAUCGAACAGUUGUUUCCUAUCUCUCUAUCAGAUCGUGUUUCUUUUCAGUACACUGUGCUCUUGCCCAAUCCCUCUACAACAAUGGUUGCAGCGAUACUUGCAGGCGCUGCUGUUGCUGCUGCUGCUUAUGCUGGUAAAUAUGGAUUAGAGGCAUGGCAAGCGUUUAAGCUGAGACCAGUUAGGCCUAGAAUGCGAAAAUUCUAUGAAGGUGGUUUCCAAGCUACUAUGAAUCGGAGAGAAGCUGCUCUAAUUCUCGGUGUUAGGGAGAGUGUAGCGGCAGAGAAGGUGAAGGAAGCUCACCGGAGAGUGAUGGUGGCAAAUCAUCCAGAUGCAGGAGGAAGCCAUUACCUUGCGUCUAAGAUCAAUGAAGCCAAAGACAUGAUGCUUGGCAAAACCAAGAACUCUGGUUCUGCGUUUUGAAACCGUCUAGUGAGGUUGAUUGACAAAGCCAUGUUUCUGAGAUCAAGAAGAGGGUGAUCAAAAAUUGACGUCUUUUUUCUUAUUCUUUCUUUUAGCUAGAUCAAGGUUGAUGUAUAAUGUAGGUGAGAUUUUGUUCGAAUUCGCAAGUUUCUUCUAACCUGAGGAAUGUGGGAAGCAAAUUGGAAUUGAAAUCUAGUUCGAUUUUGUUUUCGAAAAAGUGUUAGCAAAAAUUAUUCAAUCAUAAAUAAAUUUAAAAAUCAGUAGGAUCCGAGC